CACCUGACGUGUCGAGGAGCUUGAGGACCUGGAGAGGAAAGAGUGGUUCGCGGGGAUCAGGUGAAGGUAGAGGAGACGCUCACCGGUCCGGACUACUAAACAACUUUACUCUCCACGUUGGGCUCCUUCCCUCUCCAACUUCCUCUCUAAAGUUCGGUUCAGAGUUGAGGUUCGGGAGGUGAAAGCAUUUCUCCCCACCGGUUCUACUGACGUGAGUCCGGUUCGACCCAGAGCCCAGGGUGACCCAUGAGGUUGGAGGCCGCAGCCAGGAUGGAUGUGUUCAGGAAGCUGUGGAGGGCGAGGAAGCUGAUGGUGGUGGUGUUCAUCCCGCUGUCCCUGCUGCCCCUGCCGCUUCUCCACCCCACCAGCGAGGCGUGUUGUGCGUACGUGCUGAUAGUGACAGCCGUGUACUGGGUGUCUGAGGCUGUUCCCUUAGGUGCUGCCGCUCUGGUCCCAGCCUUCCUCUACCCGCUCUUUGGUGUUCUCAAGUCAAGUGAGGUGGCAGCAGAGUACUGUAAGGACACCACCCUGCUGCUGAUGGGAGUCAUCUGCCUGGCAGCCUCCAUAGAGAAGUGGAACCUGCACAAGCGUAUUGCUCUGCGCAUGGUGAUGAUUGCAGGAGCGAAACCGGGCAUGUUGGUGCUGGGCUUCAUGUGCUGCACUGUGUUCCUGUCUAUGUGGCUCAGCAACACCUCCACCACUGCCAUGGUGAUGCCAAUAGCCGAGGCUGUCCUACAGCAGCUCAUCUGUACUGGUUUGGCCGACUGCCAUGAUGACUCAGAAACGGUAGACGCCCAAGAGGACGAAAGUGCUGUUUCAAGCAAAGAUGAGACGCUGGACAAGAACCAGUUGGAACUCCUCUACCAGAACGAUCAGAAUGACAACACUAAACAGGAUCUUUAUUCACUAAGUGAGGGACAGAUUGGUGAGGUGAAUAGGUUGGGACUUCAGCCAGUCUUGAACAAGACGUUUGUCAGACAAACCAACGGACACUUGCCACAGGUUGCCAUUGAAAUCCCAAAUGUGAAGAGGGUGAGAGCCAGAAGAGACUCCCAGUACCCCACCAAGAAGGAUCACAUGAUCUGUAAAUGCUUGUCGCUUAGCAUCACGUAUGCAGCGACCAUCGGAGGGCUCAUUACCAUCACCGGCACAUCAACCAACCUCAUCUUUGCUGAACAGUUUAACACUCGAUAUCCGGAUGCAAAGGUGAUAAACUUUGGCACCUGGUUCAUCUUCAGCUUCCCUAUCGCCAUCAUCAUGCUGGUCCUCACCUGGCUGUGGCUGCACUUCCUCUUCCUCGGCUGCAAUUUCAGAGAAACUUGCUCGCUGAGUAAAAAACGCAAAACGAAGAGGGAGAUGAUGUCAGAGAGGAGGAUCCAGGAGGAGUACGAAAAACUCGGACCUAUCAGCUACCCUGAGGUGGUGACGGGUGUUUUCUUCAUCCUAAUGACACUGCUGUGGUUCACCAGAGAGCCUGGCUUCGUACCCGGCUGGACGUCCCUCUUCGAAAAGAAGGGUUACAGAACUGAUGCAACAGUAUCAGUCCUUCUAGGCUUCCUGCUCUUCCUCAUUCCUGCGAGGCGACCCUUCUCCUCCUCCUGCUCCUCCAGCUGUAAGAAGUCAGAUGAUGAUGAUGACUCUGAUUCUGAUCCACUUGCUCCUAUGAUCACCUGGAAGGACUUUCAGAGGCUGAUGCCAUGGGAGAUCGUCAUCCUGGUUGGGGGGGGUUACGCGCUUGCUGCCGGGUGCAAGGUAUCGGGACUCUCUGUGUGGAUCGGCAGACAGCUGGAGCCCAUGAAUGGACUUCCCCCCUGGGCCGUCACCCUGCUGGCCUGCCUGCUGGUGUCAGCGGUGACAGAGUUCGCCUCCAACCCUGCAACUCUUACCGUCUUCCUGCCCAUCCUGUCAGCACUGUCGGAGACGCUGCUCAUCAACCCGCUCCACACACUGAUCCCGUCCACCAUGUGUGUGUCGUUUGGGGUCAUGCUUCCAGUGGGGAACCCCCCCAACGCUAUUGUCUUCAGCUACGGCCACGUGAAGAUCAGCGACAUGGUCAAAGCAGGUUUUGGAGUCAAUCUGAUCGGUGUGGCUGUGGUUAUGUUGGCCAUCACCACCUGGGGGGUUCCCCUCUUUAAUCUGACUGAGUUCCCAGCCUGGGCAGUGGCCAGGAACGUCACCGGAAGUUUAUAACCACCGUUGGAUCUGGGGUGCGGGGUUCAUUUAAAGACUGAAGGAAGGAAGGGUCCCUGUGAUGAUUAAAAUCCAGCAAAUUGAUUCUUCCUCAGGAUUAGACGGAUGAAGCCAGCAUAAAAAAGACAGAAGACGAAAGAAAAAGCUGGAAGAAUUCCCUGUUGCUUCAAUAGAAUAUCUAGGACUGGUCUGUUGGUGGUUCAUACAAGCAAUGGGGCAGGCCAACUGUUUUCAGUGAAUCAAUAAAAACUGUGUUUGCUACAAAUUAAGAGCUGAUAUUGUUUCUGAAUGUAUGAUCACACCUGCCUCAGAGCGCGUCAGUGGCCUGGGCUCAUGAAUUAAAGUAGUUCUGCUCCUUUUAAGAACAUGUCGGGUAAAAGGUUCAUAUUUCACCUGGAGAUGGCUCUUUAAGCCUCAGUUUGGAGAAACAGACAUUCAUUUGAACCGGUUUAAUAAGCAAAUGGCUUGUUUGAUAGCUUUUGCACUUGCUUGAAUUUUAAAGCAUUAUUUUUAAGGUUUUUAAUGUUUUUGAAAUUUUAUUAAGUGCUGAAACGUACUUUGAAUAAUAAAAUUAGAUUUAGUUCAAAAUAUAAUUUUGAGCUUAUUUGCACCUUUUGUUCCGUCUGUAAAUGAUCACCACUGUACUCACCUUUAUAAGUGCUUAAUUGUGGCAAACAUGGCUGCUGGCAGGUUGAUAGGAUGAGAUCGAAUCUGUUCUUCAUAAACUGAGGCAAAUAGCUAUCUACAGCAGGUACAAUGUUAUUGAAAACCCCCCUUUUAGUUUUUUCUUCUAGUUUAACAGAUACAUGCGCAUGCCUCUAUGUACUGUACAUGUGUGAUGGUACCUUUCUUUAUGUUCUGUAUGUCUCGGUGUUGAAAUCUUGUCCAACAAUGUCCACUAAUGUCUUUACCGGCUCCUAGCUUUGGAUAAUCAGGGUUUAAAUAACAAAUUAUUUGAGCCAAAAGUUUCUUUAACUGAUUUAGUGCCUACUAUGCAGGGAGCUUUUUUCUUAUUACCUCCUUUUUAUUCCUAUUAUUUUCCAUGAUUAUUGUGAGACUAACCCCAUUAGCAUAUUACUGCCUUGCUGUAAGGCCACAAAAGUAAAGAUCUUCUAUUUAUUUUCUGUUCUCCUAAAUCUGGGAAGCGUUAGUUGCCAACUUGCUAAAUGACUGUAAAUAUUACAAGUUAACCAGCAAGAAUGUGACACAUUUCCUGCUUUUUGAAGCAAACUUUCAGAACCAAUCUGGUACCUUUUUGUAUUUGUGCUAUUUUUACAGUAGAGAACCUCCUAAUUAGAAUCAAGGCGGUUUCCCUCACUGAUCAAAUUAUAAUUUUUUUUUUACACAUGUUAUGAAGUGGUACCUACACCAAACAAAACUCUAAAAAUAAUUGUGUUUUUUACACAGAGAUCUAAAAUGUAGCAACAUUGAACUUGGAAAUUCAGCUCUGGCAUGAAAGAGCCGAAUCAAGAUGGGGUAUUACAAACCGUCUGAUGGUGUCAGUACGGGACUGAACGUGCAAUAGGCCAAUCAACUGUCAAGUCACACUGAUUCCUGUUAAAGAAAAGGUUUGUACCAAACCUCGUUUGGAGCAGAAAUGUUAAAGACAUACUUUAUAUUUUUACAGAAAAUUACAUGUAAUUUUUUAUAUCACUGUAUUAAAAGUUUAAACCGAAUCAGUUUUUUAAAUAAAUAUUGGUAUUACCUGCAGUGACGUUUGACCCUAGGGCCACACUCCUUUGUAAAUACACACAAGUUUGUAAGGUGCCUUUAGAUGUCUGAAAUGAGCUGUAACAUUAAAUCACGUUUUACCACAGGGUGACGUUCUUAUUCUGCUGAUACAAACUAGUUACAAUAAACAUGCACGUAUGACAAUAAAACCACCUCAAUCACU